AUGGCUCUAUCAAUCCUUCGUUUCAUAGCCCUCCAUGCCCUUUUUGCUCUCAAUGUCGCUGCUCACGAUGGGCCAUCUGAUUCGGGUGUGGACCUAUCAUCGUGGGUAAAAGAAUGUCCGAUAUUCUUCACUUCGCCUAAGAGAUGUGAACCUAUAAUACCCAAAGGAUUCUUACCACCCGAUGUCGUGAGUAUCAAGAACGGCAGAGAGCCCCAUUCACCCGAUCUCAAUGUUCUGGCCGAGGUUCUAGAAGCCAUGCAUGUCAUGCAAACGGAAUACUUCGCACCAUGGCUUGGAACUUGGCCUGAUUCGAUUGAUUGGACGGGCGCCGUCAUGGGAACUCAUAUAUCUGGUGCUGUUCGCAGUCUUUCCGAGGCUCUGGUUCAUAUCAGUUCGGGCCCAGAAAGUCUCAUCAAUUGGAAGUGGAAGGCAAACGUAAUCGAUAAAUAUUUUACUCAAAUAACAGCAUACUAUUUCGGGCAGGAUUAUUUUGCCAUUCGGAAUGAGGCGUACGACGACAUGCUUUGGGUAGUACUCGGCUGGCUCGAGACUAUUCAGCUUGUAAAUGUACACAACGACCUGCAUUUUAAAUCGAAUAUCCAAAACGACGUCGCCGAAUCCGAUGUGGAUAGUUUCCAGGGAAUCUAUGACUUCUUUGCAAAUCAGACAUUUCAUGGAAAUAACUGGGUUUCCGCCUUUGCCCACCGUGCCCGCGUUUUCUGGGACCUGGCGUCUCACGGUUGGGACACAACGCUGUGCGGCGGUGGGAUGAUCUGGAACCCUCGUCUUCUACCAUAUAAAAAUGCCAUUACCAACGAACUAUUUAUCGCCGCUUCCAUUUCCAUGUAUCUAAACUUUCCUGGUGAUAAUAAUCCAGCACCAUUUUACGGUGUGAGGAACCCUGAUGAGCCCACCCCCAAUCCAGGGACUGGGCCGAAGGAUGCUAAAUAUCUGAAAGCCGCUGUGGAGGCCUAUAAGUGGCUUAUCGAUUCUAACAUGACCGAUAGCCAAGGUCUUUUCAUCGACGGCUUUCAUAUCAGUGGAUACAAUGAUAGUGGAAAUAACAAUACGAAAUGCGACGAGCGAAAUACCAUGGUCUUCUCGUAUAACCAGGGCGUUCUUCUUACUGGGUUGCGCGGACUCUGGGAAGCGACAGGAGCACCAUCAUUUCUCUCGGACGGACACAAGUUGAUUCGAAAUGUGAUCAACGCUAGCGGGUACGAUCUUGCUUCGGACACGAUCAUCGAUGACUUGUCAACGUUGAAGUCUGAUCACCUUCCGAAAUGGCAUGGCCUGGGUCGCGCCGGCAUUAUGGAAGACACAUGUGAUGCUAGCGGUACUUGCAGUCAAGACGGGCAAACCUUUAAAGGCAUCUUCUUUCAUCAUCUUACCGCUUUCUGCGAACGGCUUGUUAUGCCCUCUCCUGAAUCGGGCACCAUGGUCAAUACCCGCGCCUUCGAUGCCACAAAGGAAUUGCAUAGCAAGGCUUGUUCCUCCUACAGUGGCUGGCUGAAGCACAACGCGCGGGCCGCGUUGCUUACUCGCGACAAGGACGGCAAAUUUGGGCAGUGGUGGACGGCAGGUAUCCUGGACUCGUGGACGAAUCCAUGGCCCACCAUGGCAAACGACGGAGUGUCGCACCAGGCAAGCGAUACGGACUACCGCAAUCACGGGGUGCCGAACGAUACCACAUGGCGCUCCAUACCAUCUGGCAACAAGUCCUCCGAGAUUCACAAUCCGGUCCAACUACCGAUUGCGAACCCAAAUCAGCCGCAGAAACCGCUGAGCGGAUCUACUGGCAACUUUCUGGGAAGCGAGCUCAAGGAAAAACGGCACAUGGACGAUAAAUAUACAAAUACAAAGGAUCCCAACACGCGCGGGCGCGGUAGGACGGUCGAAACCCAGGGCGGCGGAUUGGCUCUCCUGAGGGCCUAUUGGAAGAUUGCGCAUGCCCCAGCCCAGUAA